GCGAGACAUAAACAAUGAGGAAGGAGCAGUCGCGGUGGAGGAAAUCAUGCACAUGUCUGAGGAUUUAAAUCAACAAUCAAUUCAUUUCUCUUGAAGAAAGCGGAUUCAUUGGGGGGAAUCGAACGCACGCCACAUAUUCUUUCCUGUCAAUAAAUUCGGCGCCAGACGAGGAGGGCCACUUUUUUUGUGUGUGCUGCUUCGAGUGUACAUUUUUUUGUAGAAAUAGUACUGGAUGUUUUUGAGCAAGACUGAGGCUUUUGUGGCCGCGCGAGGACGUUUCGUAAUGAUAGAAAACUGAAAGGAAGGAAGGAUUUUUUUCUCUAACCUCCGUCUACAGUCGCCUGCCGUUUUCCUGCUGUUGGAGUGUUUUACUUUUUUCUUGCCUGAGCGGUUUGACUCAUGGUUCUGAGCUCGACUUUGUCCCCCCCCCCCCCUCCCCUCUCUCAUUCUACAGCCUGCCCGAUCGUUUGAUUGAAAAGCAACAGAGGGAUUAAAACCUUCGUUCGUGCUCGCAGCGCCUGUUUUGUGUGAGCCUGGCUGGGUUACAUUGUGAGAGGAACGGUUGUGGCAAGAAAGAAGGCUAUAAAUAGCGCAUGCAAUUCUCGAAAACUAUCACAAGUGGUGCAUCAGCUUGUUGGAGCAGACGGAAUCAGAUAUCCUGCAUGUGAUAUCUGCGCGUUUAUUAUUUCUCCGCGCCGUCGAUCAUGCGCAUGCGGUUCGUCUAAAGAACAAAGUUGAUGCGUAAUUUUGCAUUUUUCUGUUCCUGGGCGCAGAAGACGGCACUCGAUCUCUGAUGGAUUAUGGUGAUUUAAUUACGAAACUAUCCGCGGACAGACUGCUCUGGAAAGGGUCUGGUCUUUUGUGUGUGGAUUGAAGAAAUGGAGCUGCUCUCCGUCAGCGAUCAGAUGUGGAAUCGCCCGGACCGGAUUGUAAUGUUGUGAUCCCCGCACAUGCUUGGAUUUAUUGCGUUCAGGCUACAAGAAAGCUCGGGCUUCAUUGGAUGCAUUCUGCACUUCUUUCUGAAUACGCCCAUUCCUCCACCGACCAUCCCGUACAGCCUGUUAUCCGGGACCUCCUUGUGAGGGUUUAAGCCUGCUGGUUUCGGCAGACUCACAAGGGGAACCGAUUCGUCACCCCCUGCUCGGUGCUAGCAACCGAUGUAGGAUUUCGACAUGCCAUGCGCUGACGACCCCAAAGGCGGACGAUUAUGACUGCAUCGGCGAAUUGGGUGGCUAACGGGGCAAGCCUUGAGGACUGCCACUCCAACAUCUUCUCUCUGGCGGAGUUGACUGGCAUUAAAUGGCGUUGCUACAGCUUCCGCAGUGGGGGGGAAUUCGGUCCUUUGAUCUCGGCCCCGGCCCAGGACGACCCGGUCCUGCGCAGCUUCAUGCGCUGCGUGCAUGCCAACCUGCUGUGCGUGUGGCGACGCAAAAUCAAGCCUGACGCCAAGGAGUUGUGGAUCUUCUGGUGGGGAGAAGAGCCCAACCUCUCUGAUGUCAUUCAUCAUGAGCUGGAAGUGGCUGAAGAGGGGCUUUGGGAGUGUGGACUAUCCUACGAGUGCAGGACCCUCCUGUUCAAGGCGAUACACAACCUGCUUGAAAGGUGUUUGAUGGAUAAAGGCUUUGUAAGGAUUGGGAAAUGGUUCUUCAAGCCACAUGACCUAGAAGAAAAGUCUUUGGGCAACAGCGAGCACCUCUCAUGCUGCUUCUCCUUCUUCCUUCACGGGGAGAGCAAUGUGUGCACGAGCGUGGAGAUUGUCCAGCACCAAGCUGCAUACCACAUCACAGAUCACCACAUCCGCCUUGCACAGACCUCUACCACCCCAGUUCAGGUUGUGCUGAGUCCAUACAGUCUGAGUGGCACUCUGACUGGUCAAGCCUACAAGAUGAGUGACCCGGCAGUACGAAAGCUCAUAGAAGAGUGGAGCUACUUUUAUCCAAUGGUUUAUCCACAAAAGGAGGGAAGUGGUGAGAAGGAGAAAGGAGAGGCUGGCCAGGCUUGUGAUCGCUGCAGUCAUGUGGCAGUGGAGGUCAUCGUAGGGGGAGUAAGGAUGACCUACCCAGCUGCUUUUGUGCUGAUUACCCAAGGAGACCUACCAGUGGAGCAGCCUCCUGUUUCUGUGGCCCAGGGCCUCACCAAGGAGCCAAACAACUGCAGUGUGCCGCUGACUCCACCAACAUCCCCUGAGCAGCCAUGCUCUGCGGACAGUGGCUUUGUGACCUCCGUCUCCAGUGUCCCCACACCAGACAGCAGCACGGGCAUCAACAGCAUCAGCCCGAAACAUUCUGGGAAGAAGCUUACGUGUCAUGUGGUCCAUCAGGCCUGGAAGGAGUGCUAUCUCAACCAGCCUCAGCAUCUAGCAACUGAGUUAACGCAGAGGAAGGAAGCGCCAAACGGAGUAACAACAUGGAAUUUUAAUGAUCUGGGAUCUAGAACGCCCUGCAGCUGUUCCAGGUUAAAGCAGCAAAAGUUUAAUAUGGCCAUCACCUCUGCAACAAACACUCAGACUAUUAGCAGCUCCACACAGUCCUCUGGUCCGUCGUUGUAUCCUCCUUCGCUCCCUAAACACAAGACAAGUGACAAGACAGAAAAAACCGACAAACAAUCCAAAAAACCCUCAGUGAUCCCUUUUCACCAUCGUCUAACUGUCACGCAGGACGGCCCCUUGGAACAGGACUCACCUGGAGGGCCUCAAAUGGGUGGCAUUGUUGCACUCGAUCCACCCAUGGAGACCCUGGCCUCUCUGCCAACCUGCAAAUAUUCCAAACCCAUGUCAAAUGGCAGGAAACCCCCAGAGUCCCUUCUUCAUUCACCAAUGUCUCCCCUUCCACCCACGCUGAGUCCGCACCCCCGGAUGCAGGAUCCAGAGGGUUUAGAUGUGCCUCUGGAUGCUACCGUGUGUCCAGAUGGGGGUUCGGGAGUGGGAGCAAUCACCAGCGAGACAGCUGUGUACACGGAUCUUCUGAGGCAGCGGGAGAACGGGGUCAGCUGGUGGAGAGGCUUCAGGACUCCCAGAACUGAUAAGACAGAAUUCAGUCCACCUGAACUUCCCUUAGACAACCUGGAGGAAAUGAACUUAGAGGUGGCUGCAGAUGCAGUUCCACUCAAAAGACUCUAUACACAGACCCACAAGAGAUUUAAAAUCUCUGAAGAGAGAGUGAGGGACCACAUUAAAGCACUUGGCUUGUUUGAGCAGCCGGGUGUGGAGGUACUGAGGGAGAAUGGUGAAGAUCCCUACGACUUCAAGGAAGGAGACAUCGAAUACACCUUCUCCUCCUCCAAAAGGUUAAAGGGUCCAGGGCGAGAGCCAAGCAAGAAGGCUAAGGGGGAAGAGAUCACAAAUGAUGCAUCAGCUGUUCCUGAUGGAAAAGAUGCUAUGUCCAUUUUUAACUCUGCUCCAAAAUCAGAGGAAUCGGGUCAAGAUGAUGCUGCUGCAAAAGCCAACCCUUCUCUGACCAGAGAAAAAGAUCUGGUGGUCAACAUUUCUGAUCUGGAUAACAUAUUUGAUGAAGACGAAGAAGAGUUGGGCACUGUUUACCCGAAUCAGACCAAGCUACUCGUGCCAACAGAAGAUCGUCCUGCUGGCAAAGAAGGGAGAGUUAAUGUCCCUUAUCCAUCAACAGUUGCAGAUCUCCAGCGGAUGUUUCCAACCCCACCUUCGCUAGAACAACACCCGGCUUUCUCUCCCAUCACACCGCAUCGUGACACCCCAAGUCUGGAGCCCCCAGUACCCAGUGGAGUGGCGGACCACCUACCACCCUUGGCUUCUUUCCAGCUUGCUGAAUGUAGGAUGGAGAUGGAGGAGAGUGUGGCCAGUCCAGGGCAAGAUGAUAUCAAACCACAGAUAUGUUCCUCCAUGUUUGCUCCUUUAUCCUGCCUUCCCAGCCAGAAUCUGCCACCGUCAAAGAUUCCUGAUCAGUGUUAUUACCGUCCAUCCUGGGCUGUUUUACCUAAAAUGGAACAUUUCACCACCAUCAUGCAUCCUCGGAAUGUUUUCUCCAAGGAUGGAUACACAAACAUUCCUAGUGUCAACGCCCUCACUGACCAAGAAUAUGGCCAGAUGAGCGGUACGACUGCCUCUGUGAACACCACCAUCCUUCCUUCUCCUGCCAUGCCCCAAUUUUCCGUGCCCACCCCACGGACUCCCCGUACGCCCAGAGGGAUUAACGCUGCAAGCUCAGGGCAGGGCUCAGUGAAGCAGGACGGCACUGAGCUUAGCUCACCAGUUUCUACCCCGUCCACCAGCCUGCCCCUUAGUUCUGUAGAGCCCUUAGGACGGCCUGGGCCCUCUCUGCCUGAGGCCCACAGCCUGUAUGUUGUCCUUUUGCUCUCAGACUCUGUCCUUAGCGUAUUUAAGGAUCGCAACUUUGACAGCUGCUGCAUCUGUGCCUGCAAUAUGAAUGUCAAAGGGGCAGAUGUGGGGGUGUACAUCCCAGAUUCCACCUGUGAAGAUCAGUACCGCUGUAUGUGUGGCUUCAGCGCGAUCAUCAACAGGCGGCUGGCUCAUGGUACGGGCCUUUUCUUGGAAGACGAGCUGGAUAUAUUUGGUCGGACGUCUGAAGUGGGUCAAGCAGCCCAGAGGAGGCUGGCUUUAUGUCGUCGGGACCCAAUCAUGGGGGACUCCAGAGCCAAGCAGCCUCAGGAGGCUACCCCUGCCUCUCCAUCAGUCAUGAUCGUUUUGCAGGAGCAGUGCUCCCAUCCCAUUUCCUCUCUGGCAUCACUUCACCUCCCUCUCAGCUGCUCUUGUCAUGGACGCAAGGGGGCACUCCUCCAAAGUUGGAUGUCUGAAAAGCAGUGGGCGGAUGAGAGUGACGCCUGUGUGGAGUGUUACAAUGCUUUGAUGCAGGGGCUGCAGUAUGUGGACAACCCCACUGGGGGAAAAGUGGAUCUAGCUGUUGUCAGAAGUAGUGCCCUUCAUUCCUGGCCACACACAAACGUGGUGGAUAUGAGCAUGUUGUCGUCACAGGAUAUGGUUCGUAUGCUGCUAUCUUUGCAGCCUUUCCUGCAGGAUGCCAUCCAGAAGAAGCGAACAGGUCGGACCUGGGAAAACAUCCAGCACGUUCAGGGGCCGCUGACCUGGCAGCAGUUUCACAAGAUGGCUGGAAGAGGCUCUUAUGGUUCAGAGGAGUCUCCGGAGCCCCUGCCCAUUCCUACAGUGUUAGUAGGCUAUGACCGUGAGCGGGACUUCUUGGCUUUGUCUCCUUUGGCAUUACCUUUUUGGGAGAAACUUCUGCUGGAGCCAUACGGAGGCCAGCGAGAUGUUGCCUACAUUGUGCUUUGCCCUAACAGUCCCUCCCUUCUGACUGCUGCACGGUCCUUCUUCCUGGAACUCAGUGCCGUUUACGAGACAUGCCGGCUUGGGAAGCACCGUCCUCUGGCGAAGGUGUCCAGAGAUGGUCUUCUUCAGGUUGGGGAGGACGUAGAGCCAGAAAAGCUUGAGGACUUGGAUGUUGAUCGGUGGUUGACCGGACCCUGGGCUGGACAGCAGCACACUGACAACCUCCUCAAACUAAAACUCUAUGCUUAUACCUGCAAAAAACAACUUGGUCCCCAGCUGUCAACCCUGACUUUGGACAGCAGCCUUCUGUUGCCUCCCAAAGCCCAGCCUCACAUUAACAACUCGUCCCUGGCUCAGUCUGCAUCUUCAGGGCAGCCUCAAAGUUGGCCGGCUGAUGGAGAGCAGGUUUCAGGUGCUGUGAAUGCAUCAAAUGCUUCCACCCCAACAGGAGCCACAGGCCUGACCGGGGAGGCAACCCAAGCUGCAUCCAGCAGCUCUAAAGGGCUCCCUUCUGCCACACCAUCAGCCAACAGCACAGCAGAACAUCCUGAAAUCUCCUGUGAUCAGUCAAGAAUUGGCAUUCCUACACUGGCGGACUCAGUAGACAGCCAUAUUAACCCCCCAGCUGUCGUCAUCUACAUCGUGGAUGCCUUUCUCAGCUCAGCUAUGACAAGAAAUGAUGGAGGAGAAGAAGAAGAAGGUGAAGAGGUGGAGUUGACUAGUAUCUGGCUGCUGGGGCUUCUUCGCUGCUACACAGAGAUGCUACGGACUCUGCCUGAGAAGAUUAGACCAGCAGUGGUCCUUCAGGUUGUACCCUGUCAGUAUCUUCUGCAGCCAGCCAGUGGAGAAAGCCAUUUGUACAUGCAGCACCUGCGCUCCCUGGCCUUCUCGUGUUAUUCUCAGAGCAGACGACUUCUCCGUCAGCAAACACAUAUUAAGUCCCUCACAGGUUUUGGCCCAGUGUCCUCUGUUGGUUCAGUGCUCAAGAGUCCAGAACACCCCAGCCCAUUACAACUUUACUCUCCACCGUUUAUUCUUGGCCCAAAUCGGCCUAAGCAGCCAGAGCCAGGGGAGGUGUGGGCAGAACUCUCUCCCAAAUACAACGUGCUCUUUGUUGGAUAUUGCCUAUCACACGACCAGCGCUGGAUACUGGUCUCCUGCACUGAUCAGCAGGGGGAGCUUUUGGAGACCUGCAUCAUAAACAUUGAUGUUCCCAACAGAACAAGGCGUCCAAAAGUAUCACCUCGAAAGAUGGGACUGCAAAAGCUGUGGGACUGGUGUAUUGGUAUCAUUCAGAUGACCUCUCAACCUUGGAGAAUCGUUAUCGGCCGCCUAGGCAGACUUGGUCACGGGGAGCUGAAAGACUGGAGUUCUCUCCUUGGAGAACAUUCGUUGCAUUCGAUAGGACGUCAGCUGAGGGAAGCUUGCCGAAUGUGUGGGAUCUCAGCUGCCGACUCCCCAUCUAUCCUCAGUGCAUGUCUGGUAGCCAUGGAGCCACAAGGCUCUUUUGUAAUCAUGCCUGAUGCUGUGACCAUGGGCUCUGUGUUUGGACGCAGUACUGCUUUGAAUCUGCAGACAUCGCAGCUAAACACUCCCCAAGAUGCUUCCUGUACCCACAUUUUAGUGUUCCCUACUUCUGCCACUACCCAGCUGGCAGCCAGCUCCUACCCAACAGAGGACAAUAAUGACGACAUGUUUGACCUCCCCUUCCCUGAUGAGCUGGAGAACGACAUUGGCCAUGACAUGAUGCUGAUCACAGGCAAUCUUCACUCUUCCCCCAACCCGUCCCCGGUGCCGUCCCCUGGUUCGCUGGAGAUGGGAUCACAUUUCCAGCACACUAGGAGCCAAGGGGAGCGCCUCCUGUCCAGGGACAAUCCUCCAGAGGAGCUUAAGCAGCAGCCGCUGGCUCUGGGUUACUAUGUCUCCACUGCACAGGCAAAUGGAAUUCCUCAUUGGUUCUGGGCCUCCUGCCCACAAGCUGAAAGCCAGUGCCCACUUUUCCUUAAGGCCUCUCUCCACCACCACAUUUCCAUAGCGCAGUCAGAAGAGAUAGUGUCUGAUAAAACUAAAAGGGCUCCUCACCCCUUAGACUCAAAGACCACCUCUGAUGUGCUCAGGUUUGUGUUGGAGCAGUAUAACGCUCUCUCUUGGCUGACAUGUACUCCUGCAACCCAAGACCGCCAGUCCUGCCUGCCUGUGCACUUGGCUGUGCUGAUCCAGAUGUACAAUGCCAUACUGAACAUGCUUUAGCUGUGUGGAUCGACUGGAACCUGCCUGUGCCUCUUUCAGCCACCAGAGAGCAGCAGAGCUCUUCUCCUGUUGUCCAGUAGACAUUGAUGUAAUGGUCAAAAACAGGAUAAUGCUCUACAGAAUUUUUCAAAGACUGCAAUACGAUGAAUUCAAAUGGGGAAACAGACUUUUUUUUUACAUCAGGAGGAACUUGGAGCAGCCUGUACAUUUUGAAAGAGUGGAGAAGCAUCCAUCGAUUCCCGACGCAAAAUCAUCAAGACCGGCUCCUCUAAGCAUCUGUGAAUGAAAUCAAUGGAGAAGAUACUUUUUUGUGACACCUGUGAAAGGGCGCAUCCCUACAAGUCUGCAUGACUCCAUGUUGCGCAACCAGCAAACUGGCAUGAAAACACAAACACAGGAGUUUUUGUAUAGAACUGCACUGUAGAGCUUCUUUGAACAUUAAGCUGGACGCUGAACCCUUUGUGUCUUUUUAAGAGGGAUACAUUUGAUAAUGGCACUUUUUACUGAACUUCCAAAGUGUUGUAGAGAAAUGAACACAAUGGAAGCUUUUUGACCAGAGAUGUGUUGUUUAUAAUGUAAUGCAUUCAUUUGCAAAGAAUUAAGACUUAUUUUUAAUAUUUAAAACCAUAAAAGGAGAAACACAGCCUUUAUUCCCAACUGACUGGUAAAUGUCUUGGGAUCUUGGGAAAUAAAAUUUGUCAAUUUAUUGCAAUUGUAAAAAAUGCCAUAUUUAUACAAAUUAUAUCACAUCAUAGAAUUUGAUAUAUAUGAAUAUAAAUAUAUGUAAAUGUAUAUACUUAAAUUAGUCUUACCUCUUCCAAGCAGGCACUUAUGUGGGGAUGGGCACAGUUGUCUUUUUAGAAGUGGGUGCAGUAUGAACAUUUAUCAAAGAGGAUUCACUUUUGUUUUGUUUUCUACCCAUACCGAACAUUUUACAUUUUUUAUUUAAUGACUAACUUAAAAUAAUGCAGGAAAUACAGUAUAAUGUAUAUUUAUAAUGUAUUCCUAUACUGAAAAAAAACUUGAAAGAGACAAUUUAAAACCACGCUGUUUCAAGAUGGUUAUAUAUUUAAGAAUGACGCUUUAUUUCAUUGGUUUUCCUAAGUGAUGUCAAGAAAAGCAUUAGAAAGGCCUGUUUCUUGAACCACCCUCUAACUGCUCUUUGUUAAAGUUCUGGCAUGUUUGUACAUAAAAUUUUGCAAUGUCUUUCUUUUUUGUUAUUCUUUGGUAGAGCUGUACAUUUCACGCUGGUUGGUUUAUUUUAAAUUAUACAAUUUUAAGUUUUGCUUUGAAUUGUUUGCUUAAGCUUUUUUAUGUAUGAGAAACAUUAUAAAGUGCAAACACAUUUAUUUCCAGCUAAGAGAUUCUGUUGUGAAGUAAACACAAAUGUACAGACAAGUGCAAAAAUUUGUUACAUCUUUCAUCACUUUGAAUAUUAAGCAGAUCCACUUUAGUGGGAGUGAUCUGAUACUUUUACACUCUUUUUUUAGUAAAUUAUUAAAACUCUUUAAAAUCA